UUAUUAUUAUUCUGUUUAUUCCGCAUUUAAUAAAAUACCCCGCCCCCUGAUUGGCUGCAUUGCCCGUGUGUGUGUGCGUGUGUGUGUGUGGUGUAAAGUGCAGUUUUGCUUGGGGCAGCCAAUGCAAAUUAACCUGUGUCUAUACCAUCAUCGUGUUUUGAAACGCCAAGCAGCAGCGUAAUUGCCAAAAACCAGCCAGCCAACAAGCGAUUCGUUGGUAUAUGUAUACUAUAUUCAUAUAAUCAAUGUGUGAAAGAAAACGAUACGAGAAAAAGAGCAUUGGAUGAAGUUGACUGCCAUGACUACGCAAUAGCAACAACAAGAGUGGCACCCACACACACACACAUAGCGAGAUUUUGCUAGCUGUGUGAAUAAAAGAAAAGCCCAAAGAAAGCUCUCGCCCAGUCGAAAGUCGAAUAGCAACAUCAGUAGCAGUAGCAGCAGCAGCAGCAACAACCCAAGCAGCGGCAACGCAAGUGCAACUGCAACAUGCUCAACUCGAAUGCCAGCAGUGGCAAUUUGGGCAAUGGCAACGGCAACAACAACAACAACAACAACCAUGGGGGCAGCAGCCGGCGUCCCUUCUCCCGCAAUUCCUCGUCGGUCCGCUCGCAUCGCGGCGGUGGGGGCGGAGUGGGCAGUCGCAUGCUCUACUCGCCACACCCACACCCACAUCCGCACGCCCAUGCCCAACAGCAGCAGCAGCAACAACAGCAACAGGGCCAGCAGCAGCGGUCCAGCAACAACAACAGCCUUUUGCCUGGCCACAGUCCCUGGUGCAACGUCAAUUUGAACGGCGGCAACAGCAAUAACAACGGUGGCAACAUCAACAAUAUCAACAACAGCAACAACAACAAUGUCAAUAACAAAGAUGCAAACCCGAAUUGCGAUGUACAAACAAGUAAUUCUAGCGGAACUUGUAUUUAUAACAAUAGCAAAGCGCAUCAUCAUCACAACAACAGCAACAACAAUGGUCACACUCAGAGCCACAGUCACACUAAUCACCCCCAUUCCCCACACCAAAGCCAACCUCACCACCCCCAAUUGCACACCCACCACCACCACCACCACCCGCAUUCGAGUCCAACACAGCAGUAUAACAGUUAUCGCCAGUACCCACCGCAUUCCCCCAACUCCCCACACGGCAAUGGUCAUUCGAAUAGCAACACUAGAAACCCAAGUAAUAGUAAUCCCCAAGCCAAUCAAAGCCAGAACUCCUAUCCCAGUUACUACGAGAUGUGUUCGGGAGGCAGUGGAUCACAGACCCACACCUAUGGAUCUAUGUCCGUUUCCCUGGUGAGACUGAAUCCCGCCCGUUUGUGCCUAACGCUAAGUCCUGCCACGCCCCCCUCCCAGCGAGUAUUGUCCUACAGAUCCCCCCGAUCCAACUCCAAUUCCAGCUCAAACUCCAGUUCCAGUUCCAGUGAUCAGAAUCAUUAUAACCCACCGCCACGUAGGCAGAAUCAGAACCAUCAUCCCAAUCCACAUCAGUACCAGUACCAGUACCAUCCGCAACACCAGUACCAUCCAUUGCAUAACCCACAACCACAUCCACACCCACAGCAACAGACUAAUCGCCAAUCCCUCCCGCUAACACGAACGAAUUCAAAUUCAACCAACGCAACAACUUUCAAUUCAACCAAUCCAACAACAAAUAGUAAUCCUACUGAUGUUGUGAAUGUAAAUUCUUGUACCGAUAUAAUUCCUCAUGGGUCUUUGUCUGCGCCUGCGUCUGCGUCGUCGAUGCUGCCCCAACAACCACCACAACAACAACAACAACAACAACAUCAAAUUAAUAACGCAUCCGCACCCAUCAAUAGCCACAGCCAGGGACAGGGACCAGGCAACUCGCCCAAUCUUGGCCACAACCACAACAACCAGCGUGGCUACAACAACAACAAUAUCAAUAACAGGGGAAUCGGUAAUGGUAAUGGUAAUGCCAAUGGACCACCCGACUACAUGAACUAUCGGCGUGGCUUGUGUCCGGCCCUAUCGCGGGACUACUCCGGAAAUGGAAACGGGAACGGAAAUGGCAACGGGCACGGCCACAACGGACGCCGCUAUAUGUCCGAUCAUCUGAACAACGCCUCCUCGUCCAUGAACGGCCUCAUCAAUUCCGGACACCACCAGCGCAACUACAACGACAGGAACUUGAAUAACCACUUUGGAAACUCUGAUCAGGGCGGACCAGACCAUCGGGAUCGAGCCGAGGGUUCUUCGUACAACUUCAUGCGCAACGGAGGCGGCAGCGGAGGAGGCUACGGACGCAAUGGCUCGCACUACCAGCACAUGGCUUAUGGAAACAACAACGGUGCCUCCACAUCCUCCGGCGGACCAGGUCUGAUGGGGGAGCUGCCCUCGGGAUCGGGCCUGUCGGGCUCCUCGCUGUCGCUGAACAACGGACCCAACGGACCCCUCAACUCCGACAGUCCGUCGCGCAAGCGUCGCCGCAUCUCCGGAAGACCCCAGAACGGUCCGCAGACCCAGCAACGCUGUCUGAUGGCACAUAUGCAGCAGGGAAGUCCACCACUCCGACGGCCUCGACUGCGCGAUGUGGCCACCUCCACGCAGCAGCAGCAACAGCAGCAGCAGCAGUACGGCCCACAGGUGCACCAUCCCCAGCAGCAGCAGCAGCAGCCGCCCUCGAACUACCAUCCGAUGCAUCACCACUACGUGCCCCAGCAGCAGCAGCAGCAGCAGCCCCACGUCCAGCGUUCUCCGUGGGAUCUGGGCAACAGUGGAGGAGGCGCCGGCGGAGCACCCUCCAGCAGCUCGGUGGGCCCCAUUCUGCAGCAGGUGCAGGCGCCGCCGCAGCCACCGAGCCAUCCCCAGCAGCAGUCUAGCCUGGAACAGCAAAUCGGAAUGUGUUAUCCGCCGGCACCACCGCAGCCUGCCUCGCUCAUGGUGGACCUCAAUCUGAACCAGGUGCCCGUGAGCCUGCAGCUUCGUCCCUCGGAGCCCUUCUGGGCCUCCUUCUGCACGUAUCCGAUACCGGCGCAGGCUAGACUGGCGCCCUGCCACCUGCACGGCGUCUACACGCAGCCCUUCCCCGCCCCGCCUCCCGGACUGGCCGCUCCGCCGCCUCUGCAGGUGGCUUCGGUGCCGUCGCAGGCGCAGAUGGCCGCCGCCGCAGCGGCCGCCCAGCAGAUGAUAGCCCAGGCCACGCUGACGGCCCAGCAGCAGCAGCGGGAUGUGGUGGCCAUUGCGACGGCCAAUCUGGGACCCAUCGAGCCGCCGGGAGCCCACCACCUGGACGGACACCAUGGCCCCGGAGGACCCGGCGCCCACGGCCAUCCACACGCCCAUCCGCAUGCCCAUCCGCAUGCGCAUCAGCUGCCGCCCGGCAUCCACAUCACCCCGCUGAGCGGAGCAGCGGCUGCGGCCGCCACCCACCACCUACAUUCCACGGCGGCAGCUGCAGCGGCCGUCGCCGCCCAGGCCAGCGCCCAGAUCGGCCCGCAGCAGAUCAUCAUCUCGUCGGACCGCCGCACAUUCCCGCCCCACCGCCGCAUCCCGCGCUUCUGGCCAGCGAACCACGGCCAUCGGCACGUCCUGCCGCCCCAGUCGCUGGCCGCCCACCAAGCUCCAGUCCAGAUCCAGGCCACCUCGGGCAUCAUCAACCCGGGCUUCUUGCUCAACUUCCUGGCCAUGUUCCCGCUGUCGCCGUACAACCAACAUGAUCUGAACUCCGGCGACACCAACGAGACGGAGAACUAUGAGGCACUGCUCAGCCUGGCCGAGCGACUGGGCGAGGCCAAGCCCAGGGGACUCACCCGGAACGAGAUCGAUCAGUUGCCCAGCUACAAAUUCAACCCGGAGGUGCAUAACGGCGAUCAGUCAUCCUGUGUGGUGUGCAUGUGCGACUUCGAGCUGCGCCAACUGCUGCGCGUCCUGCCCUGCUCCCACGAAUUCCACGCCAAAUGCGUGGACAAAUGGCUGCGGUCAAAUCGCACCUGCCCGAUUUGCCGAGGCAAUGCCUCCGACUACUUCGAUGGCGCCGAUCAGCAGCAACAGGCGCAGGCCAACGCAGGAACUGCAGCCGCCUUGGGCAGUACGUCCGGCGGAACUGGCGGAGUGACGGGAACAUCCGCAGCAGCGGCGGCCACCGCCAAUCCCCAGCAGAGCCAAGCGGCCUAAGCCCGUCGUAACCGUUUUAUAUACACACACACACACACCUCCAGCUUUGGCUUUGCCGGACGAUGAGUGGACGAGAAGGAGGAGCACUUCUUCGGGUUGUGGAAGAGGGUUGGUCUGUGGCGGGGAAGCCACCUGCCCACCCGCCAUCACUUGAUGUUACGCGCAACGAAUCCAACUGCCAAACCGUCGACGCUUCCUCCUCAGCUGUAUGCCCCCGCCCACCUGGCCAAUAACACCCACCCGCUCCGCCCCUCGGCCACGCCCUCGCGCAACUCGCCGCCUCUUCAAUAGCUUGUCGUAGACAUUAGUUUGUAUGUGAGUAAAGGUAACCGUAAUUAGGAGUAACCCACAUAGGCAUACCACCAAGAUUUCAACUACAAUUAAACAGCGUAUAUAUAUAUAUAUAUACUAUAUAUUUGUGUGUAUAGAGAAAGUAAAAGCCGUAAAACAAAAGUCUGUAUAUAAGCCAAGAUUUGCACAAAAUUCAUUAUAGAUUUUCUUUGCCUUUUCACACUCAAGGAUAUCCUAAAAUCCAUUAAAUCAACUAUGUACGAAGAAACAAAAAUGUAUUCAAAUGCGUGGUAGCUGGCUGUCAAAUUCCUCGAAAAUGGGUUCAGGAUUUAAAAACUCCAAAAAAAAAGAUGGUUAAACUUUGAGUGCCUGUUGCCAACUAGAAAUUGUGUAUCUUAAAUUGUUGCUGUCCACACGCAUACCUAUAAAUAGCUCUAUAUUAUAAAGUAUACCUAUUUAAGCAAAGCGGGAUAUCUGUAAUUUGGAUUUGUGUUUUCUGCUCUUCAGUUAGGCUUGCAUACUUGCUGCUUCCUCUUUGUAUUUUAUAUAUUUACUACCAUUACCUUUAGUUUUUUUUAACAACGUACUAUAUUAAUCCUUAAACGACAUACAUACAAACCAGCAUAAAUAUAGUGCAUUGCAUUUUAUACUAAUUGUACGAACUGAACCCACUGAAGAAGUUCUUCUUCUUGCACUAGCAAACAAAAACAAAAAAAAAAAGCAACAAACAAACAAAGAUAAAGAUAUCUUUAGAAAGGAUAAAGAUCGUAUAUAUAUAUAUUUUUUCGUUUCUACUGUUUGAAAUUUAGUAACUAUAAACGGAAGCAACUAACAUUGAAACAUAUAAGCAAUCUUUGAAAUCGACUAAACCAGAUGAGCGGAGGACGAUAAGCGUUUCAGCAAAUAUACUACAUAUAGAUGCAUAUAUACACACCCCACACACCCCCUAACUGGAGGAAAACCAAGCAUAUAAGAAUUUAGCAUACAGGCAUAGAAACAUAUGUAUAUUGGUGGGCUUAUUAAUGUAUUUGUAGUAGAUGUGUGCGUAAUUAAACAUAAUGCAAUCGCUAUGAGAACACAAAUAUCGUAAUAACGUAUCGUAACCAGACUUUUCCAGGGCCAGCGUACGUGGGUGGUGACCUCAACCGCCCACCGACCAGUCCAUCCACUUCCGUAGCAUUUUUGCCUUUUGAACUGUAACGUCUGUAGCUCUAAAUCUAAACACAAGCAUUAACUUACAUACACACCUUAACCUCCUUCAAUGUGACUUGUCUAUUAAAAUUGCAUCAGAUGCGAGUAUUGCGAGUAUUGCGAGUACUGCGAGUAUCAUAUAUACAGCCAUAACACACCCAGAUAUAUAGAGAGUUUCCUUCUGAUAUAUGCGAUUCAAGCGAACUACGUGAACUAGCCUUUAAAGCCGGAGGACGACAGAAAACAAUUUUUACCAAUAUACAUGUACAAGUACGAGUACCAUACAAUAAUUAUCUAUAUCUAUCUAUCGAUCGGUAUAAACAUAACCAAUUAACGUGGAACUAAACCAAACGAAAAAUGAGAAGAACAAGUAAAUUGAAAUGAUUCCUGCCCUCCAUUCGUAUUAAAAACCAUUGAAACUAACUCAACAACUUUUUAUAGCAUAUAUACUAUGGAUAGCAUUGAUUUUUUGUGAGAAUGGAUAUACAUAACAUUAGUUUAGCCUCUUCGGGAAGGCCAUAAGCCGUAUCUAUUGGGUCAUCCGUUGCUUAUAGCGUGAGUUUGCAGCACUUUCCCAAUCCAGACUUCCUGUGCCCCAUCUCUCCGUUCUUAAAUCCUUAAUAAAGCUAUGCAAUACUGAAAUCUUGAUACCUAGUAUAUGUGUAAAACGUGUGUGUAUUUAUUAUACCCGGUAGUCGUAUUUAAGGUAUUUAAGUUAAUCUUAAAAAAAUAAAAAAGUUUUUAACAAUUAAACCAUGUCCGUUAGUCCGUCCGUUGAAACUUCUGUACCUUGGGGUCUUAAGUAGCGAUAGAACAGAGGUUUAUCAUGGAGUUUUUGAAAUCCUCUUAGAAUCAAUUUUGACUAAGCUUCAGUUCGCCCCUUGUUAAUCGGAACAAAAUCUACAGUUUUGAUAUUUGAUAAAAUUACUUGACUUCAAUCUCUUUUUUGUUUUUGUAACAGGACAGUGAGUACCGGGUAUCCCUUAGUCGGAACACUUGACUAUAAAGUUCUUUCUUGUUUUUAAUAUAUAUAAAUGGUAUUUCCAAAAGACCAUUGUAAAGGUGUUGUGCUUUUCUAGAAUUUUAUUAGUAGGAACAUCAACUGAAUGAUAAACAAAAACCCAAAUAAAGUUUAUUUUUUGUCACAAUAACAGAACGUUAUGAUAAAAGCAAAUAACUAUAUAUAGAAUAUAUUAUAUACAUGAAUUGAAUACCUUUUAUACGUGCACUGACAUAAUUACUUACGAGUAUAUGUAAAAUUUUCAAUCAACCAAGCUAAGCAGAAAAGAAAGUUUAAUCAAUUAACUUAUUUUAAUCCGGUUUAGAUAAUUUUACGCUAUUCAGUUUGUUCUAUACCUCUACGUCUAUCCUGAACUAACAGCACUAAUACUAGGUGUUUCCAUCGAAUAGUUUUUCUUCUACCUAUCUUCUGGUUUAUUAUUUUCCAAACAAUUUACAAAAAUCAAAAGCUUAUCAUAAAAAUAUAUUUAGUAACAAAACAAAAAAUAAAAAAAAAAAAACCAGAAAAAACACAAACAAAAAAAUUAUAAAGUUUUGCUGUGAUGUACGUUAUAUAUAUUUAAUUACAUAAAAUGCAAUAAAAUUUAAAACAUAUAAUGCAUAAUUCCAAAUUAUUACAACAAAACAAAAUAAAAGAAAAACCAAAAAUUAAAAAAAAAUCUGAAGAAUGAUUAUGAAAUAAAAAAAACAUUUUACGCAUGAGAAUUUCUCCAAAACAAAAAAAAUAUGUACGACAUACUAUAACAUCUACACUUGUCUAGAACUUAUGCAAUUUUAAAUGUGACUAUUAUUUUACAAUUUUGUAGACAAGAACCGAGACACUCUCUUCUAGUACUUGUAAAUCAGUUAACCAUAGUAUUAAACAGUGGCAUUGUAACGGUGAGCGGGCGUUAAUGUUAAUUGCAAUUAUUUCAAUUUCGGUUUUAUAUUAACUCGCAAAAUUUCAAUAAAAUUCAAUGAACGUCAAUAAAA